GCAACGCCGUUGCUCUCCGGACAUCCCCUCUCCAAACCCCAACCACCCCCCGGCCCUCACCACCAGGUUCGUCGCUCGUUCUCGCUCUAGACGUUCUCGUCACUCUCCCAUAAUGUGGCGAUCCUCGUCGUCUCGCUUCAUCUUCCGGACGCUCCUAGGCGGUCCGGCGAAGCUCACCGGCUGCCGGUGGGCGAACCACCCGAUCUGCCGCCCCUCCUUCCACCUCUUCUCCUCCUCCUCCGCGUCGGCCUCCCCCACUGCCUCGCCGUCGCCGCCCUCCUCCACCGCUACCUGCGCGGCGGACCACGGCAUCUGCGGUGGCGCCACCGCUCCGCCGGACGCGAUAACGUUCGCGGAGGCGAAGCGGCUGAUGCGGCUGGCGAACGUGGAGGAGCUCAAGCGAAAGCUGGAGAGGGAUGGACAGGAGGUGAUCGGGUACUCACAGCUCCUCGAGGCGUGCGAGGGGAUGGGAUUGGCGCGGACGCGGGAGGAGGCUGUGGCCUUCGCCCGGGUCCUCGACGAGGCCGGUGUCUUUCUCCUCUUUAGGGAUAAGGUCUAUCUCCACCCGGAUAAGGUUGUGGAUCUCAUUAGAAGAGCUGUUCCCCUUGUGCUGGAACCUGAGAAUGAUCCAAGGAUAGAAGAGCUGAAGCAACUGCAGAGAAAAAAGGAAGAAAUUGAUGUACUUGCUCACAAGCAGGUCCGCCACAUUCUAUGGUCAGGAUUAGUGUUCUUUGUUGUUCUGGUUGGUCUCUUCUUUCGUCUAACAUUCUGGGAGUUCUCAUGGGAUGUCAUGGAGCCAAUAGCAUUCUUCACCACUACAAUCGGCAUAGUUGUUGGAUAUGCCUACUUCCUUGUUACAUCGAAGGAUCCGACAUAUCAAGAUCUGAUGAAGAGACUCUUCUUAUCCAGACAAAGAAAAUUGUUGCGGAGGCAUAAUUUCGACAUGAGGAGAUACCUGGAAUUGCAGAAAUAUUGCAAAUGUCCUUCGGAUAAAAUAUCAGGGGUUGAGCAUGACCAUGAGUUUGAUGCCUCUCACCUUCAACAUUUCUUGCCAAAGAAGUGAUAAAUUCAUUGUGCUAACACCAUGGACUUUUGCCUGCUUCUAGGCAAGCAAAUUGCUGUUUGUUGUAGAGCCGCUGAUGGAGCCUGUUUUUUCUGAUUAGUAUGGAAAGGUAAACUUUGGAUUAUAUUUUGUAUAGUGGCCCCCAAAGUCAUUAUAUGGUCAUUAUAUGGAUAGGCAAAUUUUGAAUAUUAAUAUAAUUAAUGAAUUAUAAAAGAAUA